CCAUUCAUUGUAUUGGUACGCAUUACAAUGUUUAAAGGUACCUAUUAUAAUUUAAACUUGACGGUGUUUGCCUCCAAAAUCCAGAUACCGUCGAAAACCGCGCCUCCAUUGAUUCUAAAUAGGACUCAUUGCAAAUACAUUUUUUAAACAUCAAAUCAAAACUACCGUCGAAUGCCGCGCGCCCUACGUUGAGUGACAACACGUCCUGUCGUGUAGAUUAAUCGUUGUGUCGCGGAUGUACGACACGUUCCGGAGCACGGAACUACCUAUAUUUCAAUCCGUUCUUGGGCUGCGCGCGCUGUUUGUGCGACCGUCUUCUUUUCGUCAAUUAAAUUAACAUGAAUAAUCAAUUUCGAAUAUUUCAGUAACCCUUCAUUCCACGUUUCUAUCGAUAUUGUCCGAUUGUCGCGUACUCGUUUUGCCGUCUCAACGAUAGUUCUUCUGCGCUGAACAUUAUGAGCUCGGAUAUAAGCACCAGAAAUCCCCAGGAAGAAUAUGAGCUGAUUCAGAGAAUCGGUAGUGGCACGUACGGCGAUGUUUAUAAAGCAAAGCGAAUUUCGACAUCAGGCUUAGCUGCUAUCAAAGUUAUCAAAUUAGAAGUCGGCGAUGAUUUUUCAAUAAUACAACAAGAGAUAUUAAUGAUGCAAGAUUGUCAUCAUCCCAAUAUUAUAGAAUAUUAUGGUAGCUAUUUACGAAGAGACAAAUUAUGGAUAUGUAUGGAAUAUUGUUCUGGAGGAUCGUUGCAAGACAUUUAUCACAUUACCGGACCACUUACAGAACUACAAAUAGCAUAUAUGUGUAGAGAAACACUUAAAGGACUUUCAUAUUUGCAUACAGUGGGUAAAAUGCACAGAGAUAUUAAGGGAGCAAAUAUAUUGCUAACUGAAUAUGGUGAUGUAAAACUAGCAGAUUUUGGGGUUUCUGCUCAAAUUACCGCCACAAUAAAUAAACGCAAAUCAUUCAUUGGUACUCCAUAUUGGAUGGCACCUGAAGUAGCAGCUGUAGAACGUAAAGGUGGCUAUAACCAAUUAUGUGAUAUCUGGGCAGUUGGAAUUACUUCUAUUGAGUUGGCUGAAUUACAACCACCAAUGUUUGACUUGCAUCCUAUGAGAGUUUUAUUCUUAAUGUCUAAAAGUGGUUUUAAACCACCUACAUUAAAAGACAGAGAUAAAUGGAGUCCAACAUUUCAUAAUUUCAUAAAAAUAUCACUGACUAAAAAUCCCAAAAAAAGACCAACUGCAGACAAGUUGUUAAUGCAUUCAUUUUUUUGUCAAGAUAUGAGUAAACGACUUGCUAUUGAUCUUUUACAAAAAGCAAGUAACCCUACUACUCAGUCAUUUGCAGAAAUAGAACCUGAUGAUGAUGUUAUCUCUGAUGUUCCUCGGCGUAUCGCUUCCAGAGCAACAGUUGAUCAUAGAGGUUCAAAUCUAUCUGAAGCAACAUCUCACAAUAGUAAAAAUGAUACACCUACUCUGUUGGAAUCUAGAAAUUUGGGAAUGGUUAAUGCAAAAAAAAGUGUACUAGCACGCAAUACUGACUGUGAUAAUUUUGGAAGAUUAGACUGUAUUUUGACUGAAAAGAGUCUUCUGCAAAACAUAGAUGAAGAACUUAAACUGAGGGGAGAUUAUAGUCAUGUGUUUAAUGAAGUUAGGAAUGGCAGCUAUGAAGAUUUAUCUACUUUACCAUUGUCUGACAAAUGCACUGUGCCACAUUCAUCUAGUCAAAAAUGUAACUUUCCUAAUAAAGGCUGUGUGUACCAAAAUAUAAGAGAUAGUUCUUCACCUUCUAGACGACAUAGCUCUCUUGAUGAAAUUAUUGCACUAACAACAUCUAAUGUUACCAUAAAUGGACGUCAACGUUCAUUUAGUGAUAGUGGAGGAGAAGGUCCUGAGCCAGAUUUGUUAGCUGAUACACCUCCAGUACCACCACGUAGAAGAGACCGUAAACAACGUAAUUCUCCUCCUAAACCAAUAAGUAAUGGCCUACCACCCACACCCAAAGUUCACAUGGGUGCUUGUUUUUCUAAGGUAUUUAAUGGAUGCCCUUUAACAAUUUAUUGUACGGCUAGUUGGAUCCAUCCUGAAACUAGAGAUCAGCAUGUAUUUAUUGGAGCUGAAGAAGGAAUCUACAAUCUUAAUCUAAACGAACUACAUGAAACUGCUAUUGAUCAGUUGUAUAAUAGACGUACAAUUUGGUUGUAUGUUAUAAAGGAUAUUCUAAUGUCCUUAUCAGGAAAAACCACCCAGUUGUUUAGGCAUGAUCUCUUAGCUCUUCAUGGUAAACAAAGCCAUAGGUUUUCACAACAUAUGACCAGAAUUCCUGAACGAUUAAUGCCUAGAAGGUUUGCACUUACCACAAAAGUACCAGAUACCAAAGGUUGUAUAAAAUGUUGUGUUGGACGUAACCCAUACAACGGUUAUAAAUAUUUAUGUGGAGCCAUGUCUAGUGGGAUUUUUUUAAUGCAAUGGUAUGAUCCACUUAACAAGUUCAUGUUGUUAAAGCAUUUUGAAUGUAAUUUACCAUCACCUUUAAACGUUUUUGAAAUGGUCAUAACACCUGAAUUAGAAUAUCCACUUGUUUGUAUUGGUGUGAAAAAACCAAUUGGACCUAUUAGAAAGUCUAUGAAUUUAAAAUUAGAGUUGAUCAAUGUCAAUACUGGUGCAUGUUGGUUUUGUUCUGGAGAAACAGAUGAUUCUGAUAAUACUGGCACAGUUGUUCAAAGAAGAGAUAUUAUGGAUGUUGUAUGUGUUUGUCAGUUGGAUACAGAUUCAUUUUUGAUAUGUUAUAAAAAUGUUAUAAAAAUAAUUAAUUUACAUGGAAACCUGAAGCAAGAAAGGAACCAAAUAAAUCAGCUCUAUUUUGAUUUUACUGUAGAGUCAAUAGUUCGAUUGUCUGACAGCAUUUUGGCCUUCCAUAAGAAUGGUGUCCAAGGACGUAGUCUUAAAAAUGGCGAAGUAACCCAAGAAAUAGUUGACAAAAGUAGAACCUAUCGUCUUUUGGGUUCUGAUAAAAUUCUGAUAUUGGAAUCGCAUAUGGUUUCCAAAAAAGCUGAUGAUGGCGCAGACUUGUACAUCCUAGCUGGUCAUGAAGCCAGUUAUUAAACAUAUAUUAUUAUUAAAUAGACAUUAUGAAUAUUAUAAUUUUUUUUUUUUAAAUAAUUGUAAUUAUACGGUAUUAUACGUCCACUUUACACGAAGAGACUUUACAAGUUAAUUUCUGUUAUACAACAUUGUCAAACAUAUUCCACUAUUAUAAUAUAUUAUUGUGUUAGUAUUUUAGUAAUCGCUUUUAAUAUCUACCAAUGUCCAAUUAUACAAUAUAUGUUAAAUAUGGAUAAUAUUAUAAAUUUAUAAAUAUCUACAAACAAACGUACACACACAGACACACGACACACACACUCACACACACCUUGUCUGUAUCUUGUGAUCUAUGUUUUACUAUAUCAUUUUUAGUCAAAUUAACUAAGUAUUUAAAAGAUUGUUUAAUGAUUACUAGAUAUUUUGCAUACCUAAUAAAUUUUCAAUCAAAGCAAUAAAAUAUUUUAAUAGUUUUACAAAUACUAUUUUAGAAAUUUUAAUAUUUUAA